CAACAUUUGAAUUAUUGCACCAAGUAGUGGAAACUUUAGAGCUGGAAAGCUAAAGGUUAAAAAAGCUGUCGGCAAUGAAUUAUUGCACUCAGAUCAGUGGCAUUACCCAAUUCCACCCAUCUUGCUUUGCUUUGAUCUGCUAAUCUGCACUCAAACAAACUGAGAAAAACUACUCUCAUUUCAUUUACAUUACACCUAUACUAACAGAGAGAGAUACAGAUCGAGAGAGAAAAGAAUGGCUUGUGUAGCUGUAAAUUCUCUUAUCACAACAUUAGAGCUUGAGUUCUUGCAACCUCACCCUCGUCCAAUCCUACAACAAAUGGAACUCAUCCCUUUUAACAAAGACCUCAUCCAAUCUCUCCAUGCAAAGCUUGGUUUUCUGAUACAACUGUUCGACGAGUUCAGAAUGGAUGGUGUUGAAGCAAUUAAAGACUUGGAAACAAAGCUCAGAGAUGUAGCUUUCAGAGUAGAAGAUGAAAUUGAACACCAUGUGGUACAUCUCUAUAAAGAAGCUGACGAUGAAAUGGGACAAGGGGACACUGAAGCCAAAAAAACCCAGCAUUCUCAUAGACUUAGUCAUGUAUUGCAACAAGCAAUAAAAGACAUUGAUGCUAUUAAAGAAGAGCUGGAGAAAGUCAUGAUGGAGUACAAGCAUGUCAUAGCUGUGCAAGGAAGGGAGACUACACUUGAUGAUGAUGUUAAUCCAAAAUCUGAUGAUGAACUUGUCAAGAUGGACGGUUCCAGUUCCUCCAAUCAUGCUUCACACACUGAUGACAUAAUGGUUGGGAAAAACAAUGAGUUCGAGAUUAUAAGGAAGAUGCUAAUACAACAUCCAUCUAAACAACGAGAAGUCUCAAUUCAAGGUAUGGGAGGAAUCGGCAAGACAACGUUAGCAAGACGAGUUUAUGAAGAUCCAUCUAUUGUCUCCCACUUUGACAAGCAAAUAUGGGUUGUUGUAUCACAACAUCACAAUAAGAGGCAAAUGCUCUUAGAUCUUGUUGCAGGUUCUAAAGACAAUCUAAAAGACAGCAGUGAUGAGGACCUAGCAUUAAAGCUCUACCAAAGUUUGAAGGGUCAAAGGUACUUGGUAGUGAUGGAUGAUGUAUGGAGCAGAGAGUCAUGGAAUGAAGUUAACUCUUGCUUUCCAGAUGAUAUAAAUGGGAGUCGAGUAUUGUUGACUACUCGCGUUGCAGAGGUGGCUACUUGUAUUGGCUCUAACAAUUACUUUUCCCAUCAAAUGCAGUUUUUAGAUCAAAGUGAAAGUUGGGAAUUAUUUCAUAAAAAGGCAUGCAAAUCUCAGGGUGUUGAAUUUGAUACAAUUGGGAGACCAAUUGUUGAGAAAUGUAAAGGAUUGCCUUUGGCAAUUGUUGUGGUAGCAGGUUUAUUUUCAAAACUCAAUACACUACAUGAGUGGAAGAAAACUGCUAAUGCUCUAAUAAGUUCUACUUCAACAUCAACUCUAGAUGACGAAGAAUGUUGGACAAUCCUCUCAUUGAGUUAUAGUCACUUGCCCCAUAAUUUGAAAGCUUGUUUUUUAUAUUUAGGAGUUUUUCCAGAAGAUAAAGUGAUCAAUGCUAACAACCUUGCAAGGUUAUGGGCUGCGGAAGGACUUGUAAAGGCAUUGAAGAAUGAGAGUUUUGAAGCGGUGGCUAAAAGGUACAUAAAUGAACUUAUGGAUAGAAACUUAAUUCUUGUAAGCAAAAGAAGUAGUUGUGGAAGAAAAAUUAAGGAGUUUAGAGUACAUGAUUUAUUGCAUGCCUUUUGUGUAAGAGAAGGUCAUAACCAGAGUCUUUUGCAUGUUGUGGAUGAAAGUGGUUGCAAUUUCCCUCAGAAAGGUGUCCGUUGGAUAAGAAUCGAAAGGGUGUCAUUUAAAGAUUUUGACAUCUCUGCGCUACAUUCUCUGUCAAAACACUGCCGGUCCAUCUUUCAUUUUGCGCUGUCGCCCAUAGAUUCAAUAAUUUUGGAAAUUUUCAGCCUAUUGAGGGUACUCUAUGUUGCUGAAUACCUUUUGCCAACUCCGACUGAUGUUCAUAUUCAUUUGAGAUACCUAUGGAUAUCCAGGCAAUGUGAUUCUUGUCAUUCAUUUUUCUCCAACGCUUGGAAUCUUCAAACAUAUCGUGUGUUUCACGAUAUGGGAUUGCGCCAUUUGGAGCUUCCACAACUACAGUAUAUUAGCUGUCGAAAACUUUAUGGAUCUUUUCCCGAACCUGCUCAUCAAAACUUGCAGGUCAUUUCUAGUUUGCAGGCUAGUCAAUGCGACCAAGAGUCGUUAACAAAAGUUCCAUACCUAAAGAGGGUAGGAAUUACUAUAGGCAACCCCAAUGAUUGCAUUAAGAACAUUGACUGUUUACAGCAGCUCGAGAGUUUGUCUCUUCAUUUUGAUUCAUUGAGCUAUGGAAUUCGGGAUAUGAUGGCUCAAAUCAUUAACAAUAUUCUUCUCUUGAAAAACAUUAGGAAGUUGAGGUUUGAUUUUAUGAAAUCUGAGUGGAAGGCAAUUAAUGUUUUGAGCAAGUUACCAAGGUUUGAAGUGCUCAAGUUAAGGUAUUCUAAGCUUGGAAAAAAGUGGGAAGUACCAGAGAAUGUGAAAUUCUGCCACUUAAUUUGUUUGAAAAUUUCGCAUGAUAAUCUCAAGCAUUGGGAAGUUGGUGCAGAUAAUUUUCCAAAACUUGAGCGGCUAUUCCUUAACAAAUGCUUUAAAUUGAGAGAGAUCCCGAAUAGCUUUGCAGAAAUUCCAACAUUGAACUUAAUCCAAUUAAAGAGGUGUCGUCCUUCUGCAGUGAUGUCAGCCAAGCAAAUUGAGGCUGAACAGCAUGACUAUGGAAACGAGAAUAUGGUUGUCAUUGAGAUAGACACAAUAGAGUUUCGCCCUCUUGAAGAUGACUCCGAUGAAGGCGAGUUUGACGAAGAUGACUCCGAUGAAGGCGAGUUUGACGAAGAUGACUCCGAUGAAGGUGAGUUUGACAAAGAUGACUCCGAUGAAGGCAAUUUUGAUGAAGAUGACUCCGACGAAGGCGAGUUUUUGUGGGAAGAGCAGAUGGUUGUUGUGGCUGUUUUUGCAAUUUUGGUGUUUGAAAUGGUUUCUGGUUCACAGGUUCUUCAGCUGAAAAUUGGAAUAGGGUAUAGAUUACUAUAUUUCUGUCUUGUAUUGCAGGCCUGGCUGCUUCUAGGAAUGAACAAAUGAACAAUAUAAUCUGCUGGAUUUAAGGCUUGCUAGA